UCCGGGGCUCCUGUGCUGUCUGGGAGGGGACGGAGGGCUUUCACGCAGAGAGCACCAAGCACCGGGAGACUUACCUCACUAAAAAAAAAUAAUAAUAAUAAUAACAGAAACCAGUUGAACAAUAUUUAUAAACGCUCGCUCGCCAAAGAGUGGCGACCCCGAGGACUUGGCUGUUUCUUUUUAUUGUUUUUUUUCUUUUCUUUGGCUGGCACGCUUGGGUGACGAGCACGCCGCCUGCUCGCUGUUGUUGUGCGGAGGCUAAAGCUGUGUGAUCAUUGACAGAGUUCAAUACACACAAGCUGACCGCGAUAACCGGCGGAUUGCAGCCUGCUUGUGGAGCUCCGCGGUAACCGACGCUCGGAAACACCCCCCCACCCCCCUCCCCUCCAUAAACUGAGGCACUUUGUACAAGUCUUCUAUCUUGACUCGCUGUCACUGCGUCAACCAGUAGUUUGAACAGUUUGCACCAGCUGGUCGGCCGCCCCCUCCCAACCCAUACAGUCUUCUGCCCCAGCAUGAAUGAAGUCAGCGUUGUGAGAGAGGGAUGGCUCCACAAGAGAGGUGAGUACAUUAAAACUUGGAGGCCUCGUUAUUUCAUCCUAAAGAGCGACGGCUCUUUCAUCGGCUACAAAGAGAAGCCCGAAGUGUCCAGCGAUCACAGCCUGCCACCUCUCAACAACUUCUCUGUCGCAGAAUGCCAGCUGAUGAAGACCGAGCGGCCCAGGGCCAACACGUUUGUCAUCCGCUGCCUACAGUGGACCUCAGUCAUUGAGCGCACCUUCCAUGUAGACAGCAACGACGAGAGGGAAGAAUGGAUGCGAUCGAUUCAGGCGGUGGCAAACAGCCUGAAGAGUCAGCAGCAGGACGUGGAACCAAUGGAGAUCAAAUUUGGCUCGCCGAGCGACAUCAGCGGCACGGAGGAGAUGGAGAUCGCCAUUUCCAAAUCCCGCUCCAAAGUGCAGACCAUGAGUGAUUUUGACUACCUGAAGUUGCUGGGCAAAGGCACGUUCGGCAAAGUGAUCUUGGUGAAAGAGAAGGCCACUGGCAUGUACUACGCCAUGAAAAUUCUCCGCAAAGAAGUCAUCAUUGCUAAAGAUGAGGUAGCGCACACGGUGACCGAAAGCAGAGUCCUCCAAAAUACGCGGCACCCCUUUCUCACAACACUAAAGUAUGCUUUUCAGACAAAUGACCGGCUGUGCUUCGUGAUGGAGUAUGCAAAUGGAGGAGAACUAUUUUUUCACUUAUCCCGGGACCGAGUAUUCACAGAAGACAGAGCACGAUUCUAUGGUGCAGAAAUAGUCUCAGCACUGGAGUACCUCCACUCGUGCAACGUUGUUUAUAGGGAUCUAAAGCUGGAGAACCUCAUGUUGGACAAGGACGGCCACAUAAAGAUAACAGACUUUGGUCUGUGCAAAGAAGGCAUCACAGACGGGGCCACCAUGAAAACCUUUUGCGGGACUCCCGAGUACCUGGCACCCGAGGUACUGGAGGACAACGACUACGGCCGUGCGGUGGACUGGUGGGGUCUGGGCGUGGUUAUGUACGAGAUGAUGUGUGGCCGCUUGCCCUUCUACAACCAGGACCACGAGCGACUCUUUGAGCUCAUCCUUAUGGAGGAGAUCCGCUUUCCCAAGAAUCUGGCUCCCGAAGCCAAGGCGCUGCUGGCUGGCCUGCUCAAAAAGGAUCCCAAACAGAGGCUUGGAGGCGGACCCGAUGAUGCCAAAGAAGUAAUGACACACAAGUUUUUCACCUCCAUCAACUGGCAGGAUGUCUUGGAGAGGAAGCUUGUACCACCUUUCAAACCCCAGGUAACCUCAGAGACGGACACGAGAUACUUUGAUGAUGAGUUCACAGCACAAACCAUAACAAUAACCCCUCCAGACAAGUAUGACAGUUUAGACGUAGACGACUCGGAUCAGCGUACGCACUUCCCACAGUUCUCCUACUCGGCCAGCAUACGGGAAUAGCGGCUCGGACUUUUGACCAAGCAGGCAGGCUACCGCACGACCCCAAUCUCACGUACGCACUUGCACUGCUGAGGACAAAACGAAUGACCCACACAAAAAAACUGGCACAAGACACAUUUUCAUCCAGUCUUUCACAUACACACACUAGCAAACGAGACCAGCAAGCAGAAAAUCAUUGUUCACAAUGAACACGCAGACUUGUGAGCGCCGGACCUCAGCAGGUUUUUGCGUGGACAGACGGGCAGCUUCUUGUCCGUACGUACAUCCUCUCAGGGGGGCGGCCUUAGGCGUCCCUGUAGGACCUCCGCUGCACUACACUGGGCACCACGUCAGAGCCUUGACACUUUGAAACCAGGUUAUGCCAGCAAGUACCACCUCGUAGACACACACUCGCGUAGUCGACUGCAUCUUAGCAUACACAACUUGUUGAUACAGUUUUUUAAAGAAAGAAAAAAAAAAAGUAUAAUCACAAUUAGAAUAAUGGAAGAGAUAUUGGGGAUAAUUGACCAAUCUAGCUUCAUCGAUUGUUACGGUUUUAAAUAUAAAGCCAUAUUUCUGCAUUUUUUUGUGUUUUUUUUUUGUUUUGUUUUGUUUUUUUAAAUAAGUGCUCUUUCUGGAACUUGCUGUUACAAAUCAAAUGCGUGUGUGGUGAGGUUGCCAUUUCUGCGUAUGCAUUGCGUGUGUGUUCAUGUCCGAAUGAAUGUGUGAGAGGACCCUACGAACAAUUUUGUUUUGCAACCAUCCAUUUCGUGUCUGUUUUUCAUCGACAAAUUUUAAUUUAACGCACGCACACAAAAACAAACAAUGAAUGCUGGAAGACGGGCAAAAGCGAGGACACUACACAAGCGAUGGCCUUCUAAAGGGAACAAGCCUGUUAUUUAUGGAAAAAAAAAGCAGCGAGCAACUCUUUGGCUUAUCUUGCAUGGCUUUUUAACUUGCAUUGCUUUAAAAAAAAAGAAGUGAGACGCAGCAGGGAAAGACGCUUAGACUCAUUGUGGCUGCGUUCUGAAAACAAGCACAGUGAUGAGAAAGAGCAGCUUAUAUUUUAGUCUUUAAUGCUGGAGUACAUGCUGGCAAAAAAUUUGCUAAAGGACAAAUCAUUUGUUUUUCAUUCUUUUUUUUUUCUUCCCCCUCUCCACUCUCCUUCCUAUUUUGGUCCAUAUGUAAUGUUUAAGUAUACGUUCUAUAAAAUACAUAUUAAAAAAUGUUUUAAACAUGAUUUCUUUUUUAUUUUCAUUUAAAGCAGGGGUUUUCAAAGUGUGAGAAGACCUAAAGGCAGGAGAGAGAAAAACCCCUGCUAAGUUAACAUGAGUUUAAAGUGGAAAUUAUUUGACUUUUAGUGACUAGUUUUGGGAGCAAGCGAGUAAACAAUCUGGGGUGAGCAAAAGUUCACAAAUAUAUUUUCAGAAGGAUGGGUGUCCAAAGUGCAGCUAAGGGGUUAUUUUUGGCCCACAGCUCGUUUUUAUAUGCACAUUGUGAAAAUGCAAUAAAUUAUUAAUGAGAUAUAUUAUUACACUAUUUUUCUAUAAAGUGACACACAAAAUGUUUUUAAAUAGUUUAGCAUAUAUUGACUUACAUUGGAUUGCUUUUAGCAUCUUCCAUGUACAAAAUGUAUCAAUCCCCCCCACACACGCAUUAAUUUUUCGGUAUACGACCCUUUCUGGAAAAAAACUGCCACACUUUGAAAAACCCUGAUUUAAUUAAGGAGUUGCCUUGCUCAUCGUCACACUUUACCUAUAUAUUUUGUGGCGAAUCUUCAGAUUAUCCCCCACCUAAUCAUCACUCGACAUCCUCAUGAACUGUCUCUUUAAUUUAAUACCAUUUUUGUGUGAGUGGCAGCAUGCGUGUGUUGAGUGAAAGAGACAAAAAAAAAAAAAAAUCAGCAGCAAUCAAAUCGAAUGGCUUUGACUCUCCAGUUGACACCUGCAGCACCUCGUCUCACUGACAUCAGAACCACUGCACUGAUGGACUCCACUGUGGAUUUGCCUUCUACCACGGCCGUAAGGGGGAGCUGCUGAACUUUCUUUUUUUUUUUAAAAGAAUAUAUAAAUAAAUAUUAUUUUUUUGUGGUUGUGAAGCCAUACAAUGAACUUUGCUGCUGACCACGCUUUUCAGCAAUGCUUCACGGCUGAACAUGCAAGUAUCCUGUAGGGCAUACGCUGGCACAACAAGUGCCUUGUCACUAUUGUGUAAAUACCAAAAAAGUAAAAAAAAAAAAAAAAAAAACAUCUUAGUGGCGAAUGCAGCAUAUGUAGAGUGGGAGACCUGUUUUUUUUUUCUUUUGCAGCUUUAUGUUGCUUAUGUAUUUGAAUGUGAUCAUCAGUCACGAAUGUCACCUGACGCUGGUCUAACGAUUCUUUUCCCCCCUUCUUUGGUUUGCUUGUUGAAGUUAGUUGAAGCUCAGAGAGCAAUUAAAAUAAAAUAAAAAAAUGAGCAAUCUUUUUAGGGCAUGACAUUGUCCCAUUGGACAAGAUCAGCCCAACCCCCCUUUGCAAGACUUUACAAUGUGCAACCUGCUACACAGUAUGGUAGCUUAUGACAUUUGCAAUGAUGACGUGCCAGUAAACAUUUUACUGAACAAA